UUGACGGCGCAUACAGCACAGCGGUUGGCAGCCUGCAGUACUUCCUCAUCCUGAGUCGUUGCUUCUGAACCUUAGUUUUCUCCUUCAGAAUCUCUGCAUAGAGCUCAGCAGAGGACGAAUAUUGUGGUGUGUUGUUGUGCUUCGGGGCAUGCAUGCAGAGGGCCGGCUCUAGGACAGCGUCUAGUACAGAACACGUGUGGUUAGCUGAAACGCAGCCAUGAUUAAAUCGGGCGCCACCAAGGUGGGGCUGCCCAAGUCUGGACUCCAGGAGCGGACCAAGCAGAACUCCUUUGCUUCAUCCUCCUCCACCACCACCUCCACAGCCAUGAAGACCUCCAGAUCGUCCAACACACUGGUCUCAGACCAGCGCCUCAGUAGGAUGAAAAGAGCCAGCAGUGACGAUGCCUUGACGAAGCCGGCACUGGGAGCGGCCUCUGGCUCCAGGAUGAAAAAGACUGUAACCACUGGAGCCAUCUCAGAUCUGCUGGAGGUCCGCCCUCGCAGCCUGUCAGGUGCACAAGCAGCCAAGAAGUCUGGUAUCCCAGCUCCUAGAGAGAUCCCUUCUUCCAUAACAAGAGACCGCAUCUCUCUGAGGGACCAGCUCAGGAGCAAUACCACUAAAAAGAUGGUUUCCAGUGCCAGCACUUCCAGCCUCUCCACUCUGGCAAAGCCCACACGUAGUUCAACCACAAAGUCCCGUGGAGAUGCCGAGAGCCAGGAAAGGGGCCUACUGGAGACCCAGGUGAAAGAGCUGCUGGCUGAGGCCAAGGCCAAAGAGUUAGAGAUCAGCAAUCUCAGGAUAGAGUUGCAUCGCUACAAAAGUAAAGCCUCCAGCGCUCCCUCUUCACCAUCAACCAAUUGUGUCUCGUGGGAUGAGCCUGAUGCAAAUGUAGAGCAGGGACAGAUGUCAGAGGCCAUCGUGCUGGUUGGGGAGCUGAGGGAGAAGAACGGGAAGUUUCAGAGAGAGCUGGCAGCGCUUAGGGAGGAGAACCAGACACUGAAAGAGAAGCUGCUUUUCUUGGAGGCCUCUCCUCUCUCUAGUACAAACACAAGCUCCCUGUCCAAGCCUCUGGUGAAUGGCCUCCCCUCAGAUUCCUUAAAUCCACAACAGGACACUCGCUCUUCUCCUGCCAGCCCUCUGAAAUCCUCCGUCUCCUCCGGUUCUGACAUCACCAAGGACUCACCAUCACCCGACUCCUCAGAGUUUGAGAAGAUCCCAUCACAGUCAGAGUCAGAGAGUAGCGGAGUCAGCGGAGGGCAGGAUGUGCAGAAGUUGACAGAACAGAUCCACAAGAUGGAGGAGAGCCACCACAGCACAGCGGAGGAGCUGCAGGCCACUCUGCAGGAGCUGGCCGACCAGCAGCAAGUGGUGCAGGAGCUGACGGCUGAGAACGAGCGCCUGGCCGAGGAGAAGCGCCUCCUGCAGACCUCCCUCCAACAGCAGAGGGAGCGCGUGGAGGUGCUGGUCCAGAAGAACGAGGCGCUCGCUGGCCGCCUCCAGGAGCAGGUCGAAGCCCAGGCCCAGAGGGAGGAGGAGCUGGGCAGCCAGGGGCCCCGGCUGGCCGAGCUGGAGCAGAGGUACAGUGAGCUGGUGGAGAGCUCGAGCUUUGAACGAGAGAAGCUGGUGGACAUCCAGCAGCAGCUUACAGGCAGCCUGCGGGCUCUGGAGGAGGAGCACCAGGAGGCCCAGGGCCAGGUACGCCUCGUCAGAGAGGAGAUGGACAAGCUGCAGGCCCAGCUGGACAGAGAGCGGGAGGCUGGAGCUCAGGCAGCACUGGCUGCAGAGGAGCAGCGGGCCACAGCAGACUGUCUCAGACUGGAGAACAGUAGGCUGAAAGCACAGGUGGACAUUGAAAGGCAGAAGGUGGGUGAGCUGAAGGCCCUGCAGAGUGCCGGUGACAGCAGUGAGGUGCAGAACUUGCUGAAAACAGCCCACGCCGAGAGAGACAGGCUGGAGGUGGAGCUGACGGAGCUGAGGCAGGAGCUGCUAGAAGCCCAAGCUGACACUGAGCAUGUGCGAGCCACAAUGUGCAAGGUGGAGGCCAAAUGCCAGCAGGUUCAGGAGCAGGCCGAGAGGAGGGAGCAGGAUCUGGGCAGCCGGGUGACUUCCCUGGAGGAGGUUGGGGUCCACGCUGAGAACCAGGUGAAGGAGCUGAAGGAGACCAUCUUUGAGCUGGAGGACCAGGUGGAGCAGCAGAGGGCCGUCAACUGCCACACCAAGCAAGCCGUCCUGGACAUGGAGAAUCUUGUCAAAAAGAUGGAGGAGCAGAAAGUAGAAGCAGACCGCCAUAUGAAAGUCUUGAGUAGACAGAUGAAGGAUGAAAAAGAAGAAUGGCGUCGGUUCCAGGCGGACCUCCAGAUAGCCGUGGUGGUGGCCAACGACAUCAAGGUGGAGGCUCAGCAGGAGCUGCGUGCUCUCCGGAGACAGCUGCAGGAGGAGCAGGAUCGCAGCGCCAAGCUCUCCACAGACCUGGAGGCCCUGCAGGGUGUCAGGUCCCAAGGUGACGAGGUGAGGCUGUCCGACUCUGAUAUCCAGCGGCAGUGGUGCGGCAUCUCAGUGAUCCCGACCACACCCAGCGACGCCAGUGGGGAGGCCGACUCAGACCCCGGAGCGACUGUCCAAUCUCUCAUUAAGUCCUUUGAUACUGUUGGACAGAAUGGGCCCAGCCUCACAGUUCAGAUGCACUCCAGCCCCAGAAGCCUGCUGAGUGGGAUCCCUGUACGCUCUGCACCUGCUGCUGCCGUCUUCCCUAUCCAGAGACAGACGUACAUAAAGCCGCUAUCCAAGACAUUGGAAAAGAGAAUCAACCAUAGAGAAUUCUCUCUUCAUCAUGAUAAGUUGUCGGGCUGCGGGGAGGACCUGAAACCUAACAGCCUGAUGAGGAAGAGCCCUUCUCUGGAGUCUGUGAUCAAAACUUCUGCCUCCUUCAGCAGCCGCACAGCCUCCUUCAGCUACAACCGAGGAAACAGCAAGCUGAGUGUGGAAAGAAAGGACCCCUUGGCUGCACUGGCGCGGGAGUAUGGAGGAUCUAAGAGAAACGCACUACUGAAGUGGUGCCAGAAGAAAACAGAAGGCUAUCCGAAUAUUGAUGUUACCAACUUCAGCAGUAGUUGGAGUGACGGCUUGGCUUUCUGCGCCCUCUUACACACAUAUCUGCCUGCCCACAUCCCGUACCAGGACCUCAUCAGUCAAGAUAAGGUUCGAAAUCUGACCUUGGCUUUCCAGGCCGCAGAGAGCAUCGGGAUCAAACCCUCUCUGGACAUGGAGGAGCUGGUGAGGACGGACAGGCCGGACUGGCAGAGCGUCAUGCAGUACGUCUCUCAGAUCUACAAGUACUUUGAGACCUGACUGGGGGGGGGCAGGAGCUGGAGACCAAUGGACCGGAGGCACCGCAGCACGUUUCUGUCACCGUCUGUCAGCACGACAUCACCUGAACCCCCCUCCUGACCCCCCCCCCUGCUCACUGUCUGACACUAGAGACACGACUGAAGUCAUUUCAGAUGCUGAUAUCUCACAUCUUAACGGGACGUUACAGUGAGCGCUAAGGCCGUCAUUUACAAAGACUGCAGUCAGGAAACACAUUACCUUGUUCAUCAUUUCACCCCAAAAAUAAAUAAUACAUGUUGUUCUUUUUACCUUUAGUGCUGUUUCUCAACCUAGAUAGUUUUGGUGGGGAUUGGAGAGUGUUGGAGAUAUCGGCCAUACAGAGGUCUGCACUCUCAUAUAUAUUGGAACCAAAUGGCACUCAUCUUGUGGUGCUUAAAGUGCCAAAAUGAAUACAUUUCACAGCAAUUUAUUUUUCCUGAAACCAUGACCCGGUCAAGAUAAUAAACAGAUUUUGUUGUUGGCGGUUUUAUGUAGGAAAUACUUUCUUCUACAGGAUUACCGCUUAAAAAGAAGCAUGAAACUACCCAUAGCCUGAAGGCUUACGAAUGGCUUCUGCCUCAACUGAGCAGCAACUUAAGCUAGCUUAGUGAUGCUAGGUGAGCUAGCUUGUGCGAAAGAAACUAAAAUAGUUCCUAAAUACAACUGUUAAAACAUUCUCUGUGGAUUAGCUUGAGUGAUAGGGUCAUGAUUUCUGCAAGAACGCAUUGCUGUUGAGUUUUUCAAAUGUUUGGUUCAAUCACACUGGAGAGAAGGCAGGCUUCUCUAUGGGUAAUGAUGCAACACUCGGCAACUCAUAGCAAAACAAUCUGACUGAUAAAUAACACCACAGGUAAAAGGAAAAAUCUGUAUUUGUGAUUUUUUGGUGGACUUUCCCUUUAAAGUGUUAAUUGAGCAUCUGAUUCACAGAUUAAAAGCAGAAUAUGCUGUUGAAUAGAAGCUGAUGAUAGCACUACUGAAGGAAUAUUAAGAACUUCUUUUUUUAAAUCGUUCUAUUUCUACUUUGAAAUAAUUGACAAGAAAACAAACUUUUUCACAAAACAAUUUCUUUCCAUUUUUGUGAAUCAAAUGCUCUGAUAUGGUCAAAACGUGCCAAAAACUGUAUUCUGCCAGAGUGUCUAUGCAUGGGGAAACCUCAUCUCUCCUUCACUGAACAACAUCAGCAACAAGGGGAAAAGUGUGAAGACAAACUUUGGGUAAAUGUUUUUCCGUUGUUUUAACGAAUCGAUCAGUUCUCAUACUGAGUGCUUACUGUAGAGCUGGAGUUACUUAGCAGAGCAGAGAGUAUCAAACUGACAGCUGAAUCUUUUAUAUCCCCCACUUUUAAGUGUGUGCUUCCUUAAGAACACAAAUCAGACGAACCAUUGCUGCUGUAAGCGAAACAACACUAAUAAUGAUUUAACACUCCGAGAGUUACUGAAUAGUUUUGUAGGAAUAUAUUUUAUGGAAUCAGAUCUCUAUGUUUGCAUUGUCUGAAGGACUGGCUGAAUCAAACUGUGUUCCUCCUCCAUCAGGACUCUAUGGUACUGCUGCUGCUUGGCAAAAGAUACAUAUUUGGCAUGCCAUGUUAAAUAAUAAAGAGAGGAUUACUUUUAUAUGUAAGAGUUGAGAAACAACACUUUCUGUGUUAUGGUUUACAUUUGCAGAUGCCCUUAUGGUUUGAAAAAUGGCAAAAAGUGUUAUUUAUUUAUUUACAAGACUUGAGAAGUGGGACUGUGGACAGAAGUCAGGGUCCAGUUUUCUAUUUAAGGAUGUCACAUUUGGAAGUGUGUUGGAUGGAUAUGCUCAAUAAAGGAUUGUCAAGUUUUA